AACAAACGUCAUUAUGACCAGACCUGUCCAUUUCGUAACAUGAAUCGGAAGCUGCGGGUGUACGUGCCGUCUGUUUCUCAAAACCCCGGUACUGACGAGGCGAAGAAGACGCCGGGCAAAUUCUCCCUGGAUUCUCUGACCAGGAGAAGCAAGAACGUGUCUUCUUCCUUACUGCCUCAGCGUCUUGUGAAAAGAUCUAAUUUAUCAAAGGGAACUGAGCCACAGACAUCGCCAGAACACGAGCCGACCAAUUUGCCUGGCAGGGACACCAAAGGUCACCUUGCUGCAGACACCAUGAAGUACGGCAGCAGCAAGAACCAACCGCUGCAGAUCAACGGCAUGGUGGGCAGGAAGACGUCAGGCACACACGGGGAGAAGUUGACAUCGUCCAGCCUGCCCCCGGCCAUGACCAUGAGCAACACCAGCUUCCCUCAGCUUAGCCUCGGCCCCAGGGGCAUCAGCAACGUGGAGACGCUACCCCAGCUCAGUAACCUGCAUGGGAACCUGGUGUCCACGCACACGGCUAGCGAGCAGGCUAGGUUACAUCGGCAGAAGACACACAUAGAUCGUGAUCAGGGUAAAUCCGACAGUCCUAAGAAGGAUGCAAUGGGCCACAGAUUACCACUCACGCCUGGAGAAGCCCUCAAAUUCUACCGGGACCGACUGACGGCCUACGAGCAAUCGGAGAUUUUAGACCACACCGACAUCUGGUUCCUAGGAGCUGAGGCUAAGAAGAUAGAAGGCGUGCAGGGAGCGGCGCAGAAUAACGGAUAUGAUGAUGAGAAUGGCUCCUACACAAAGGUGCUUCAUGACCAUCUAACCUACAGAUACGAGAUUCUGGAGGUCAUCGGCAAAGGGUCGUUUGGCCAGGUGGUCCGAGCUAUGGACUACAAGACGGGAGACAUAGUGGCAAUCAAAAUCAUCCGAAACAAAAAGAGGUUUCAUCAUCAAGCACUCAUCGAGGUGAAGAUACUGGACGCACUGAGGAGGAAAGACAAAGACAACUCAAACAACGUCAUCCACAUGUUGGAAUACUUCUACUUCAGGAAUCACUUAUGCAUCACGUUUGAACUACUAGGGAUGAAUUUGUACGAGCUGAUCAAGAAGAACAACUUCCAGGGUUUCAGCAUCGCCCUGAUCCGACGCUUCGCCUACGCCCUCCUGGGCUGCCUCAAGCUCCUGCACCAGGAACGCAUCAUCCACUGCGACCUCAAACCCGAGAACAUCCUCCUCAAGCAGAAAUAUCAGAACUCCAUCAAAGUGAUUGACUUCGGCAGCAGUUGCUACGUCAACCAGAGAGUGUACACCUACAUCCAGUCGCGUUUCUACCGAUCACCAGAGGUCAUUCUAGGUCUGCCCUACGGGAUGCCCAUUGACAUGUGGAGCUUUGGCUGCAUCUUGGCUGAACUCUACACGGGGUACCCGUUGUUCCCGGGAGAAAAUGAGGUUGAACAGCUUGCCUGCAUCAUGGAGGUUCUAGGAAUGCCACCGUCAAACAUCAUAGAUGAAGCACAAAGGAGGAGGCUAUUUUUCGACUCCAAGGGAAAUCCCAGAUGCAUCACCAACAGCAAAGGGAAGAAGCGACGACCGAACUCCAAGGAUCUCAGCUACGCUAUCAAGACCAACAACACGCUGUUCCUGGAUUUCAUUGAGAGAUGUCUAGCAUGGGACCCAAGUCAGCGGAUGACGCCGGACGAAGCCCUUCAACACGAGUGGGUCCAAGAGGACAAGCUCUACAAGUCCCACGCCAGAGAGCUCACGCAGCAGCAAAUCACCCGGACGUCUACCACAAAACCCAAGCAUCACUAUCACCACCACCGUCAUCCACACCAUCACCACCAUCAUCAUCAACCUAAGGCUGAGACGGAACAGCAGUCCGGGGAGCCGGACCCCGUCGCUGCAGCCUCGCAUCAGCACCAGGAGGUGCAGCAGCAACUGCAGCAGCAGCAUAAGAAUGAAGAGGGCGUGCAGCAGCGACACGCCAAAGCCAGCAAGCAUCAAGUGCAGAACAACUCAGACAGUGAAACAGUCCACAGAGGUAAAGAGACUCUAGAACGCAAGGUAUCCAUGAAGAAAAAGAGUGCAAAGGCGAAAGAAUCUUCCCACAUAAACCCACCGAAAGAAGCUCAUCAACUCACUGAAACCACAGAGAAGCCCGUCAACAAAGUAAAACCCCUGGUAGUUGAUGCCGACGAAUUUUUAGAAAAGGCACCAUCAAUCACAACUGAGGACCUCAAGGACUCAGUUAAAGACUGCAAAGAGAGAGACUCUGAGAAAACAGAGGACCUGCCUACUAAGCAGUUCCUGCCACCGAUCGUAUAGCAGUUGGAUAACGAUGGACAAACCAAAUGUGGCUUUGUGGAUAUUGCACCGUCAAUCACAACCGAGGACCUCGCACUUGUAAUCACAACCGAGGACUUCAAUACUCAAAAACUGAAAGGAGAGACUCAGAGAAAACAGAGGACCUGCCUACGAAGCAGUUCCUGCCACCGAACGUAUAGCAAUUGGAUAUACAGAUGGGCAAGCCAAGAUGGACAUUGCACUGUCAAUCACAACUGAGGACCUUGAGCUGUCAAUCACAACCAAGGACCUUGCACUGGCAAUCACAACCGAGGACUUCAAUACUCAAUCAAAGACUGAAAGUAGAGACUCAGAGAAAACAGAGGACCUGCCUACUCAGCAGUUCCUGCCGCCGAUCCUUUAGCAAUUGGAUACAGAUGGACAAACCAAGAUGGACAGUGCACUGUCAAACACAACUGAGGACCUUGAGCUGUCAAUCACAACUGAGGACCUCGCACUGUUUAUCACAACUGUGGACCUCAAAGACUCGGUCAACGACUGCGAUGAGCGACUUGGAGAAAAAAGAGGACCAACCAACCAAGUAGUUCCUACUACCGAUUGUCUAGCGUGUGGAUGUAUGCGAUGCACAUGGAAAACCACGGUACGGACGUAACGUUGCGCGCAAGUACGCCCUCAUUGGUGACCGAGAUAGAAGUGUUGAAGGUCAAGCAGCGCCGGCCAUCUACUGAUCAUGGUCACAGUCCAUAUGUACGAGAACCAGUGUGGUAGUGUAAGCAAGCCUUGUGCUCCUCCAGUGCUCGCUUGAGUUAGCCAAAAAGCUCCUCUAAUGAUCCUGGUUUAACUCGUUCAUUGACAGUUGCCAGUCCGGUAUUCCAACUGUGCAUGUUCACAUCAAAAUUGGACAAGUUUCCUCUUGGGAUAAACAGUUUGUCGUAUGCGUGCGAAAUCAUAACGGUUACCAGCAAAAUUUUAAAGGCAUUGUCUUGUUCUAAAGAAAUUUGUUAGCGAAGUGUUUAAGGUGUUUUGUAUGCCCACCUUUUGUGCGAACAAAAGUUUCCAUUGUCUUUUUUAUUGCAUGAGAAAUUGCAGAAUGUUCGGUUACCAUGUCCGCCAUAGACUUGUAUGCAAUUAUCUGCCACGUUUAUCCCUAGUAAAAAUCGUCGCCAAUCUUGUUAUGCACGUGCGUAGUUGGAAUACCGAUUUGGCUUAUUGCAGUUCUUUGUGAAAAACCUACCUUAAUGCAAGUGUCCCUUCUAAGACGGCAUAAUCCUCGGAUAUAUAUCCGUCCCCAGAGUUGUUGCAGGUUCAGCGUCUAUUGGUACUAAUCAAGAACUAUUUAGCCUUACCCAGGAUAGCCAAGAGAGGGCGCUGUUAUUUGGAAUGUCACCAGUUGUGCACUUUUACUCAAGGGACUUUGUGUCCAUAAGAAGAUGAGAUUAAUAAGCAUGCGUUGUGUGCUGUUUGCACCACAUAAAGUUCGCGUACAUUAGAACAUAACAGUGUACUGCCCUCAGUUUAUUGUGAAAUUGUCCCUAUUUGACCACAAGAGGGCAGUAUAGGGGUGGAGUCCAUUACUGCAGGCCACCACCAUUGCAGUCAUCAAAAACUUCCAUCUAAGCAAGAAAGUUAACGAAGAAAACGUGCAAAGAAAAAGCUCUAGCAGCAUGUUUUGUGUGGCUUUUAUAAAAGGAAAAAAAUAUUUAUCUUGUUGAUAUUGUUCACAUUGUUUCGAGGUUCUGAUAUCAUGUGCCUGUUCUCUGUAAAUACAAAUUGUACAUUUUUAACAGCGCAUUUACUAAAAAGGAAAAAAAACAUUGUGUUCGGUCUGUACAUAUCGCACAUUAUAUAUUUUUUGAAUAAGAAUAAUUCAAGAAGUAUUCCUUCUUAUACUGUGCAUUUUAAUGUUCAAAUGUUUCUUAUAAAUUAACACCCCUGUACAUAGACAUUCCAAAGGUUUUAAAAUAUUGUUUAUUUGUACUUUUGCCAAUUUUUAUUUUUUAUCGUAUUCCACCUUUGCUCACCAAUGUAAAAUUUCUGUGCAGUCAGUUUUUUAUUUAAACGUGUUAAUGUGCUAAUUGUAUGGCUGCUCAAUUUACAUUUACUGGAAGGUUUUGCUUUGAAAAAAAUAUUAAUGUUUGCUUACUUUGUUCGUUCACUAAGAAAAAAGGUAUUGAUUCAAAUUAUGCAAAGGCUCGUAUUGGGAACAAUCAGAAAAACAAAUCUCUGUAUUCACUUCAGCAAUACAAACUUGUCGAUUCCAAUAAUGUGCAAGUUGUGUUUACAGUUCAAAGUGGGGUGAUACCACUCUGUCAUUGCCAUUGAUCGACCAAUCAGGAUUAAGGAUACACGUUUGCUUGAAAAAAAAAAAAACGAGAUAUAGGGUCCUUUCAUUUUGAAAGUACAUGUUCAUGUAUAUGGUGUUAUGUGACUUCAUAAUGUUUACACUGUCAGUGUAACAAACCAAAAAUAGCGCAGGCAAGUUUGUUUCUGGUUCGAUCACCCCCAGCAAGGUUUUGUUUUGUUAAAUUAUUAUUUGGUAUCGCCAGAUCUGUUCACGGUGAUUUCAAUUAUUAUGUCAAUUUUUUUGCAUGCAAUAUUUCUGUACGUGUGUGUUAUAUUCGCUUCACAAAGCUAUGGGAAUAUCCAAAUGUUCUAUCUGCAAAUUUGCUGAAAAAAAGCUUUGUAUUCGUCAUGCAUUUUACUUUGAAUACUGAGACUUAAAUGUCCAUUGGACAUAUCAAAAACAGGCAGUUUCCUUAUUGGGCAAUCGUCAAGUUUUGGAUGCGUUUCAUAUAUUCCAUAUCUCCAACUGCUAAAACUGGUACUACUGUUGCAUUUUCUUCUAAAGUAUGGUUCAAAAUGAAGACAAUCUUGAUCUCAGUUGGUAGAGCACUGGAACGGCACUCUGGAGGGCGCACCUUCAAAUCCAUGCUCGUCAAUUUCAGUCCCGUCAACUUUCAAAAAAAAAGAAGAAAGCUGCUUGAGGCUGCAAGGGUUUUUUUUUUACUGAUAAACAAUGUGUAAGAAGUAAAAAUAGAGCGGAGAUAUAGAGGGGUCCCCAACUUGACGUGUGCUCCUUAUGUGUUAAUUAAUAGUCUGUUGCCCCAUACAUCCAAGGAAUGUUCAGUGUUGAAUUUGUACCUUUGAAGUUGUUAAAAAGGUCCAGUGUUCGUUGUUUUAUCUUCAGUGCACACAUCACUACACUUCAAUUGCAAACAAAUAAAUACCACAAAAUGUACCUAACUUUCUACUACUGUGAAUGCAUUAUUUUGUGAAAGUUCACUUUUGCUGUUUUGUAUAAGAUUUAAAUAUUGUGCAAGAUACCCGGCACUUCGUUAUAUUA